AUGGCCUGCGCCACCUACCAGUCGCUUUCUCCGAACUCGGCCUUUCGUGCUCCGAUCGCCAGCUCAAGCCGCCUCGAUCCGCCGCGGGCCAGGGGCACUCACGCCACCUCGUCGCUCUUUCAGCGCCAGACGCAGCUCGACGACAACUUUGUCCAGCGCCUCGACCGCAUCGACGUCCUCGGCGGCUGGACGGCGCACAGGGACCUCGUCGGCCACACGGGCUGCGUCAACGCCCUCAGCUGGUCCCAGUCUGGACAACUCCUCGCGAGCGGCAGCGAUGAUCGCAACGUCGUCCUGUGGCAGCUCGGAAGCGCCGAGCAGCAUCCCGUCGCCGAGCCCGACGACGACACCAACGCGCACGACCAUGGCGAUGGCCGCGAUGGUGGAGAUGGAGGGGCUGCCAGCGACGAGGUGGUGGCACAGUGGCCGCAGCGGUCCCAUCCAUCGCUCGACGUGGGCAUGAUGGGCAAGAUCCAGACGGGCCACCGCGCCAACAUCUUCUCCGUCAAGUGGGCGCCCCACUCGUCGGAUCGCAGGCUCUUCACCUGCGCGGGAGACCGCACCGUCCGGGUCUUUGACAUCAAUCACUCGGGCAUCGGCCCAGGCAGCGGACAGACGCAGCGCACCGCCGACGGCAAGGAGUACACGCUGUGGAACCAGGGCAGCGGCGCCUGCAUCCGCCUCUUUCGCUGCCACAAGGACCGCGCCAAGCGCAUUUCGACCGAGAACUCGCCCGACGUCUUCCUCACCUGCGGCGAGGACGGCGACAUCCGCCAGAUGGACCUCCGCACGCCCCACGCGUGUGGCCCGCGCCGCGGCUACGGCGAAGGCUGCCCGUCGCCGCUGGUCCACUUCCCCUUCGGCCUCUACUCGCUCUCGGUUAGCAAGACUGAGCCCUGGCUGUUUGCCGUCGCCGGCAUGUCGCCCUACGCCUAUCUUCAGGAUCGCCGCAUGGUGCCGCGCCUGCUCAAGCGCGAGUGGGGCAUCGAGGCCGACCCCAGCAGCCCAGACGCGGCCGACGCCCAGGCCCUCACCAUGUGCGUCAGGAGGUUCGGACUGCCUCCUGGAGGCUUCUUUGCUCCCCACGUCGAGGACGACGGCAAGACGAUCCGUGCCGGACGCCGAAGUGGCGGGGACGAGGAUGGCGACGAGAGCGAGGAUGAGGCAGGGGAGUCGAGCGACGACGACGAGGAGCCGCUUGGUGGCCUCGAAGACGCCCACAUCACGGCGUGCAAGAUCAACGAGAGCACCGGCCGAGACCUCGUCCUCUCUUACUCGAACCACUUCAUCUACCGCUUCCAGAUCCACGACGAGCCUGGCGUCCUCCACCACGAGCCCAAGCGACGACGGCUGCCCGGCGGCCGAACGCACCGCAAUCCCGAGACGAUCCUUGGCGAGGAGAUCCCGGCGCGCGACUCUGCGUGGCUCGAGGGCAUGCAGAGGCGAUGCCUCCAGGCUCUCUUCCCUCUGACGGCGACCGCGGAGGUAAGGCAGACUCCUGGACGGGUGGCUGCCUUUUGGAACGACAUCAAGGACCUGACCGAGGAACUCGGCCCUAUUCGAGACGAGGACGACAUGCCUCUGGAUGCCUAUGCUGCGGUCGAAGUCUGCCGCGCGCUCGGUGUGGUCGCCUUCUCCGAGGACAAGCCGGGCUGGUCGCAGCUGCUGCACCACUGCCUCGACGAGAUUCACGACCAGUUCGGGGAUUUCGCCAUCGGCACACAGGUCGCGCCGUGGCUCGAGAGGCUGAUUGAUGCCAUCGACCAGGGCGCCACCGCGACUCGUACGGACGAGAUCAAGAACGAGCUCUGGGCCAGGGCCGAGCCCCUCGUCUCGGAGACAUGGACGGUGGAGCGUCUCGGUCCGAGCCAGGGGCGCUGCGGCGUCGACGGUGGGGCAGCAGCGGCGUCUGAGGGCCGCAGACUUAAGCGCGCAAGGGUAGCAGAGGAGGCAAGCGACCCAAGGAACCCCCAAGAAGGCUCUCAGCUCCAUGGCCAGAGGCUCAGCGUCGCCGAAGGCUCGGACGACGAAGAGCUCGACUCGGACGAUGCAAGCAGCGCGACGGCCAGCGAAGCUGCGCACGCACGGUUCCGCACAGCGUCCAGCGACGCAGGCGACGACGAGGGCGAGGAUGACCAUGACGACGAAGAGGAAGCCGAAGACGAGUCCAGCAGCAACGACACCGACAGCGAAGGCGACGCGGUGUCCUCGGGCGAAGAAAUGGAGCUGAGCGAGCCCGAAGGCUACGGCUUCGAGACCGACAUGUCUGCCGGCAUCGAGGACAAGUUCCAGCGUGCGCCGCUCGUCUGCCCGCGCAACCACUACCGCGGCCACGCCAACAUCGAGACGGUCAAGGACGUCAACUUUGCCGGCCGGGACGACCGCUACGUCGUCUCGGGGUCCGACGACGGCAACUGGUUCCUGUGGGACACUGAGACAGCGGAGCUCCGGGGAAUCUGGAGGGGCGACUCGAGCGUGGUCAACGUGCUGCAGCAGCACCCGAGCCUGCCGGUGAUGGCCAUCUCGGGCAUCGACGAUACCGUCAAGCUGUUCGGUCCGGUCACGCUGUCGUCCGGCCCUCCCGCUCAGAGGGCUGGCAGUGGCGAAGCUCCUGGCAAGGUGGCCGACCGCAUGGCCAAGAAGGACGACAUCAUGUCGCAGAACCGCGAGCGGCUGCAGGGAUCGCGGCAGAGGUCGAGCCUCUCGACGCGGACGCUCCUCUCGAUGCUGCAGCAGCACGUGCUGCAGGGCAAUGGCAGCGAGGGCGGCCCCGAGGCCAGGCGACGGGGAGCCAGGAUGGUGCUGAGGCCGCUCGUCGGAGGCGGCUGGGCGGUGACGACGGCUGAAGACGCCAACGAGGAGGCCGAGCGGGGCCUGGUCGAGGAAGGCGAGGAGGGAGAGGCCGAGGACUGCGUCGUCAUGUGA